AUGGCGGGCAAGAAGACUGAGGGAGAAUCGAUGGGCGGAUAUAAGUAUCACAGUACCCUUCCAAUUGAACAUGAUAGCGAUCAACAUAAUUUUAUUAGGGAUAUUGGAUCUAGUAGUUCUGGGAUAGCCAGGCUUAUGAGGGAUAAAAAGAGUGUUGAGAGAGUUGCAAUUAAGUACAUCAAGCAAUGCAUUCAAAAGAUGGACUCACAGGAAUCUGGAAACAAUUCAAGUGCCCAACAUCCAUGGAAUUAUACCAUGCCAGCUCAAAUCCUAAAUGGUGUUCAUCCAAUGAAUUUUCCAUUUCAACAAGUUCUUCACUUUGAUCCAACAAAUAGAAAUUAUCAUCUUCAUGCCGAUCAGCAACCUCGCAUUCACCUUGAUCCAAUUAAUGGAUUCUCCUUCCAGAGUCUUUUGAAUGCUCCAAUGUGCAAUACUCAAACUCGUGAUGCAACCAAAGAACGAAAGAAGAGAGAAAAAGAUACUCAAAAUCAUACCAACUCUCAAUCUUCGAUUGCAAAAAAGGACUGGUCAAAAGAAGAAGAGAUUGCAUUAACAAAAGCAUGGUUAUAUGUUUCUGAGGAUGCUGAAGUUGGUAACAAUCAAAAGGGAGCAGCUAUGUGGGAUCGUAUUUUAGAAGCUUGGAAAGGGAAUAUGGGGGUUACAUGCAUUACGGCUCGAAAUAACAACAGCCUGCAACUCAAAUGGUCUAAAAUACAAUUUGCAGUGAGCAAGUUUCAUGCACAGUAUGAGCGUUUAGAACGGCAUCCACAAAGUGGUUCGAACUCAGAUGAUCUGGUUCGCAACUCGCUCUGGAUACCAUGA